AUGAAAAAGUUCAAACCUCGAUUACUGGACCACUCAAAGCCACCAUCCUCUCCGCCGUUAGUCGCCGCCAACUGUACCAAGGCUUCCAAUGCCCUGAUAAACCGCUACUCAACCGCCGGUGCUCACCGCGACGUCCUCCUCCUCUACUUCUCAAUGCUCAAAACCAACAUUCUCCCCGACCCCUACACUUACCCAAGUAUGCUCAAAGCUUGUACUUCUCUAAACCUCCUCUCACACGGCCUUUCUUUCCACCAACAUGCCGUUGUCAAUGGGUAUUCGUCUGAUGCUUACAUUGCUGCCUCUUUAAUUAAUUUCUACUCGAAAUUUGGGUACUCUGAUGUUGCCAGCAAAGUGUUUGAUGUUAUGCCUGAGAGAAAUGUUGUACCCUGGACUGCGAUUAUUGGGUGUUAUGCUCGAUUAGGGGAGGUAAGUACUGUGUUUCAGAUGUAUAAGAAGAUGCAAUGUGAAGGAAUUAAACCAAGUUCGGUCACCAUAUUAGCCAUGCUCUCCGGUGUUUCAGAGAAUACCCAUAUCCAGUCUUUUCAUGCUUGUGCAAUCCAAUACGGGCUUUCUGGUGAUUUGGCUUUAGCUAAUUGUAUGUUGAGUUCGUAUGGAAAAUGUGGGAGAGUGGAAGAUGCUAGGAGCUUGUUUGAAUCGAUGGAUAAACGAGACAUUGUCUCUUGGAAUUCUUUGGUUACUGCUUACGCUUUGAUUGAUAAUGUUAUAGAAAUCUCACAACUAUUAUCUAGGAUGUCUUUCAGUGGAUUUGACCCUGAUCAGCAGACAUUUGGGUCAUUGAUCUCUGCAGCUACAAGAAAGGGGAAUCCCAUUAUUGGGAAGUUGGGGCAUGCGAAAAUAGUUACCAGUGGUUUUGAAGUGGAUGUCCAAGUUAAAACGUUACUUAUAACCAUGUACCUUAAGUUUAAAGAUCUGACGAAUGCCUUUCGAAUAUUUGAAGCAACUCCUGACAAAGACAUGAUCUUAUGGACUGCAAUGAUCUCGGGGCUCUUGCAGAAUGAAUGCCCAGAUAAGGCAUUAGCAUUGUUCCAUAGGAUGUUAAUUUCAAAGGUGACACCAUCUACUACAACCAUAGCUUGUGCUCUUGCAGCCUGUGCCCAUUUAGGUUCCUUUCUUCUAGGAACCUCGAUUCAUUGUUAUAUAUUACGGCAAACCAUACUUGUGGACGUUCCUACUCAAAAUUCUCUCAUUACAAUGUAUGCAAAGUGUGGCCGACUGAAUCAAAGUUGUGCUGUUUUUGAAAUGAUGUACCUUAAAGACGUUGUUACCUGGAACGCCAUGGUUGCUGGGCAUGCACAGAAUGGCCAAUUAUCCGAUGCCUUGUAUAUAUUCAAUCAAAUGAGGAAAUCCUUUGAAAGACCAGAUUCAGUAACAGUUGUAUCCCUUCUCCAAGCUUGUGCCUCAAUUGGAGCUUACCAUCAAGGGAAGUUAACACACAAUUUUAUCAUUAGAAGUUCUCUUGGCUCAUCCCUUUUAAUCAACACUGCUUUGGUUGAUAUGUACUUUAAAUGUGGAAACAUAGACAGUGCUAGAAAAUGUUUUGAUAGAAUGUCACAGCAUGAUGUGGUCUCAUGGAGCACAGUGAUUGCUGGAUAUGGCAGCCAUGGGAAAGGAGAGAAUGCUCUAGAGAUGUUCUCAGAGUUCUUGCGAACUGGGCUCGAGCCAAACCAUGUUACAUUCUUAUCUAUUCUCUAUGCUUGCAGUCACAAUGGGCUUGUUCAUGAAGGUAUUAGCCUGUUUGAAACUAUGACAAACCACUUCAAGAUCGAACCAAAACUUGAGCAUUGUGCCUGCAUUGUUGAUCUUCUGUGCCGAGCUGGUAGGAUAGAACAAGCAUACGAAUUCUAUAAGCUACAUUUUGCAGAGCCGGUUAUUGAUGUUCUAGGCAUUCUUCUUGAUGCUUGCCGGACUAAAGGUAAUAAGGAACUUGGAGACGUUAUUGCUACUGAAAUGCAUAGGUUAAAACCUGAAGAUGCUGGUAAUUUGGUGCAACUGGUUCAUAAUUAUGCUUCUACUGCCAGAUGGGAUGGUGUGGGUGAGGCAUGGAUCAAGAUGAGGUCUCUUGGCUUAAAGAAGGUCCCAGCUUGGAGUUUUAUUGAAUUAAAUGGGACUAUUACAAGCUUUUUUAAGGACCAUAGUUCACAUCCCCAAUACAAUGACAUAGUAAUGGGUUUAAAGUCCAUGACCAUGCAUCUCAAACCAGAAAAAUCAGCCACAGAUUAUUUAGAAUGUGAGGAUGAUGGCGUAUAGUUGCAAGUAUUGUAGUAUAAUUUAUGAAGGGACAAUAGAAGAAGAGAAAUGAUGAGUCUGCCAGGUUCCUAGAGCAAUAUGGUGCAAGCAUAUACAUACGAGUACAUGCAUACAAGUAAUCUCUGUAGGAUUGUGCUUCAUUGCUACGGCACUGCUGAUGAUCCAAGUCCCUAUUCUCACCAGGUAAUAUAUCGUUUAUUUACCUAGGGGUAAACUGUAAAUAUUCUGAGAACUGUGAGA